GUAACAACAGGACAAAGGAGGGUCUCAAACUCCAAUAAACUAGCAGUGAUGAAGCUAAACAUAGAUUCCCUACUGCCUGUUCAAUCAGCUGCUCUCCUGAAAAUCAGAGAUUAUUAGGUAAAAAAAGGAUAUGUGGAGACAAUUACGAAAAUUUAGCUGCAGUUCCAGUGCGAAAGAGAAGAAAUGGGAUGCUCUGAUCAUCGGCGGUGGCCACAACGGCCUUACAUCAGCCGCAUAUCUUGCUCGCUCCGGUCUCUCCGUUGCCGUUCUCGAGAGGCGUCACAUCAUCGGCGGUGCUGCUGUCACUGAAGAACUCAUUCCUGGUUUCAAGUUUUCUCGUUGUAGUUACCUCCAAAGCCUCCUUAGACCCUGCGUUAUUAAAGAAUUGGAGCUGAAGAGACAUGGAUUGAAGCUAUUAAAGAGGAACCCUUCAUCAUUCACGCCUUGUCGUGACGGACGCUAUCUUCUGCUUGGUCCUGAUAAGGAGCUUAACUCCUAUGAGAUUUCGAAGUUUUCUAAAUCUGAUGCAGAUGCUUACUCAAGGUAUGAGAGUCAACUAGACAAGUUCUGCGAAUUUUUGGACCCGCUUCUGGAUUCGUCUACACCGGAAACUCUACAAGGCUCUUCACAUCUCAAUACUCGUAUGAAGCACAAAUUGCAAAAUUCAGCAUUUUGGGCUAAUUGUCUGCGUCGAGCACUCCACUUGGGACAAAAGGAUCUAGUGGAUUUGAUGGACCUUUUAUUCGCCCCAGCUUCGAAGGUUCUGAAUAACUGGUUUGAGACUGAUGUUCUGAAAGCAACUCUUGCAACUGAUGCAGUGAUAGGGACUACGGCAAGUGUCCAUACACCUGGAAGUGGAUAUGUGUUGCUACAUCACGUGAUGGGAGAAUCUGAUGGUGAUCGUGGUAUUUGGUCGUAUGUCGAAGGGGGAAUGGGCUCGGUGUCAAUGGCUAUAGCUGCUGCUGCAAAGGAGGCUGGUGCAACCAUAUUGACAAAUGCUGAAGUCUCAAAAUUGAUGAUUGAAGACACCGGCAGAGUUCAUGGGGUGAUGCUGGAAGAUGGAACCAUAUUGCAUUCUUCUGUUGUUUUAUCCAAUGCAACGCCGUUCAAAACUUUCAUGGAUCUUGUGCCAGAUGAUGUGCUUCCUCAUGAUUUUCAUAAUGCUAUCAAGUGCUCUGAUUAUCGAUCUGCUACUACUAAAAUCAAUUUGGCCGUUGACAGAUUACCACAGUUCCAGUGCUGCAAUUUAAGUCAUCCAGAUGCUGGUCCACAGCAUAAUGGUACCAUUCACAUAGGACCAGAAAGAAUUUUAACGUUAACAACAGCAGGAACCAUCCCGACACAGCCCAAACCGGGGUGUCACAAGUCAUGAGCUACUACAGAAUCUGCUAUAGGUCUACAAAGUACGGAAUCUGAUACAACAGUCUGGAGAAAACAUACAUGAUAGAGGGUAAGAGGGACAAGGGGCUGCGGACGUCAACAACUACCUCGUAGCUCCAAAUCACUGCCUAGCCUGGACGGAAUCAGCGCUCA